UCAGCACCUUAGCGUCAGUCCUCUGUCUGGAGCAAUCCAAGGGAUCAGCUGAUCGGAGGAAGGAAGCGAGCACGUGAUUAGCUGCCCCGUGCAGGAAAGCGACCGACUUGCAGGCUUUCGGUGGUGGCUGAUGCAGUGCUGGUUGCCGUCUUAAUGCCUGAUAGCUGGUCAUCCCUCAAAUCCAUGGUCAUGAAGUGUGUUAUUAUCUUCCUUCUUCUACUCCAUGCCUUCUCCUUGGCUUUGGAGAAUGGACUUAUGAGAACGCCCCCAAUGGGGUGGCUUGCUUGGGAGCGCUUUCGUUGUAAUGUUGAUUGCAAGGCAGAUCCCCAUAAUUGUAUCAGUGAGACUCUCUUCAUGGAAAUGGCGGACCGUCUGGCAAUGGAUGGUUGGAGGGAGCUGGGCUACGAGUACGUGAAUAUUGAUGAUUGCUGGAUGGCAACGAAGCGGAAUAUGAUGGGACAUCUGAUUCCAGAUCCUGAGAGGUUUCCCAGAGGGAUCAAAGCCUUGGCAGAUUAUGUUCAUUCACGGGGUCUGAAACUUGGCAUUUAUGGUGAUCUAGGCACCCAUACUUGUGCCGGUUAUCCGGGUACUACAUUAAAUUGUAUUGAACAAGAUGCUUUAACGUUUGCACAAUGGGGAGUGGACAUGCUGAAAUUAGAUGGUUGCUACUCAUCAUCAGAUGAACAGGCCCAAGGUUAUCCUAGAAUGUCCAAGGCUCUGAAUGCAACAGGUCAUCCCAUUGCCUAUUCCUGCAGCUGGCCAGCUUAUCGAGGGGGACUCCCACCUGCAGUGAACUAUACACUUUUAGCAAAUAUAUGUAACCUCUGGAGAAACUUCGAUGACAUACAAGACUCUUGGGAAAGUGUCCUCUCUAUUGUGGAAUGGUUCUCAAAGAAUCAGGACAUACUUCAGCCAGCAGCUGGCCCUGGCCAUUGGAAUGACCCUGACAUGCUAAUAAUUGGAAACUUUGGCCUGAGCCUUGAAGAGUCCAAGUCCCAGAUGGCCUUAUGGACAAUUAUGGCUGCUCCACUUUUCAUGUCCACAGACCUCCGUGUUAUUUCUGCAAGUGCCAAGGAGAUUCUACAAAACAAACUGAUGAUUACAAUUAACCAAGAUCCCCUGGGAAUUCAAGGGCGUAGAAUCCUUCAGGAGAAAUCUCAAAUUGAAGUAUUUCUGCGGCCCCUUUCCCACUCAGCCAGUGCUCUGGUUUUCUUUAGUCGGAGGACAGACAUGCCAUAUCUCUACACAACUUCCCUUGCACAGCUCAAUUUUACAGAGAAUGUUGUCUAUGAAGCACAGGAUGUAUACACCAGCGAAAUAAUCAGUGACCUGAAGAUUGCUACCAACUUCACAGUGGUGAUUAAUCCCUCUGGAGUAGUCAUGUGGUAUCUGUACCCAACAAUGAACCUGGAGCAGCCUUCCAACUUCAUAAAGCAGCAGGUGAAAGCAAAGAAAUUCAGUCCCUUUAAUUUGUGACAGGCAGUAGUUGAAUAACUUCUUGGAAAACUGCUAAGGAUUCACUAUUCCCUAUUGGUAUGCUUGUAGUAUCUCAGCAUAGGGGAAAAAAUGGUUUGUGUAGGAUGGCAGUUUUAUACAUGAAUUGAGAUCUACCUCUACACACACUGGAGAUGCUAUUAGUUCACUAGUAUGCAAUCCAAUUAAGUAGACAUAAAUAAGAAUAUACACGUGUUCUUAUUUAUGUAGAUUAGAUUGCUAAUGAUGGUCACAUGCAUUGAGAUAAUCAACCAGAAGCCAGUUGCUCAUUUAUAAGCAUAAG